AUGAAGUGUGCGGUGCUCCCGGUCCCUGUUUACGGCUGUCAUGAAGUGUGCGGCAUGCGCAUCCUGGUGAACCUCCUCCUGGACACGCUCCCCAUGUUGGGAAACGUGCUGCUGCUCUGCUUCUUCGUCUUCUUCAUCUUCGGCAUCAUCGGGGUGCAGCUGUGGGCGGGGCUUCUGAGGAACCGCUGCUACCCCGAGGUGAACUUCACCCUGUGA